UAUUGAGGACUAGAACUCAGGUCCUGCUCCUCAGCCUCUUUUCAAGAUCAAUCUGGAUCGAGUGGUCUGGGACGAGUUUCUUCUCGAACCGGUCUCUUUGCAUUGGUUUCUUACUCGCAACAACUGAAGUCACCACGAGAGAAAAACUCUUCGUGAAAGCCGUUUUAUCAAUGGUAUAAAAGUUGUUUUUCCCCUUUUUAGCGUCAUGCCAACCAUUCACAUCGCCGUUCAUCCUUUACCAGGGACAGUAGAAGACUUACACGAGAGGCUAAAGGAGGUUUCGGAGUCGAAGGAAAAAAGUGGUUUUCUGAGUUCUCCUGUUCUUCAAGCACUUAAGGAUCAAGUCAUCAAAGAAUGUGUGGUUGGACCAAGACAUGUAGCCUUUCUUUUGGAGAAUGGACAAGUGUGCCGAGUGCCAUUCACCCUUCAUCCAGACAAGCUGGAUCUGUCGUCAAGAGACUCCACUGUAGAGGAAGAUAACAGUAACACUGCUGCAAGAUCUACAUCUCACAUAGUUUUACAUGCAGUAGGCGGUGGGACUCGUAACCAAGGCGAAAGCUCAUGGGUCCUUUCAAACAGUGGAGAAACACUCAGUGGUCUCACAGGACAUCCUGUCAUUAGUCGCUGGGGUUCUGCUCCUUCAGCCAUGUCAUUAAGAACAUCUGCCCGUACCCCAGUCCGUGGGCGUGGCCGUGUGGUGAGGAGGGGUGCAAGGGGAGGGGCAUCUGGAUGGGCAAUAGGUUCCCGUGUUGUACCUGCAACAGCUGUCCCAGAAGAGCUAGUCAAUCAAGCCCAAGUUGUUCUACAAGGCAAAUCUCGAGCUGCCAUUAUAAGGGAGCUGCAGAGAACAAAUCUCGAUGUGAACUUAGCAGUGAACAAUCUUCUAAGCAGAGAUGAGGAUGAUGGUGAUGAUGAUGAAAACCCUGAGUAUCUUCCUGGGGAUGACCUGAUGUCAUUGCUAGAUGCUGGUGUCCAUGUUGAUGACCCAUCAUUUGUAGUUGAUCCAGAGGCCAUAUUUUCAGAAGACAUGUUCUAUAGCUCUCAGUAUGGAACAAUACAUCGGCGUCCUAAUAGCAGCGCUCGUGCCUCACGGACUGCUGCUGAGCGAGAGGCAGAUCGUGACAGGGAGAGAACCAGAGAGAGGGAGGCACUGAGGAGGGAAAGAGAUCGAUGGCUUGGGAACAUACACGCAGGGGGUCUUGACUGUGGGACGUCAAGCAAUGUCCCCAAACAACCACCCCAGGAUAAGUUAUCAUCUCAGAGUUUCUCUGCUGAUCCUGUGAGUGUUGCAGAUCUUCUCCAGUGGUGGCCACCAGACUUGGAUGGUCACUUCACACGCUUUACACACAUUGCUGCCAUGUACUCAGAGCUGGUCUGUGUUGGAGCAGAUGGCAAGCUGUAUCAAUGGAAAUGGGAAGAUCCACUGCCUUACAGAGAACAAGAUGUUGUAUAUCACCCCAGGGUCAAAGCUCUCGGGCUCGUGGACGAAAAGGUUGUAUCAGUGUCUGCAUCCUCCAUAAGAGCUUCUGUUCUCACAGAGUCUGGCAAGGUAAAAUAUGGGCAUGUGCUCAAAAACUGAUAUUUUGGACAGUAACAGCAAGAUCAGCUAUAGUUUGUUC